AUGCUAUACGGCUCUAAGCUUGACGAAAAAAGAGAAAUCGCCAGCCUUACAAAAAUAAUGACUUGUAUUUAUAGCAUAAAACUUGCUGGAGAACUUGAUAUAAGCUAUUCCAAUAAAAUCACCAUUAGUAAAAAGGCCGAAAAUAUAAUAGGAACAUCAGCAAAUUUAAGAGAAAAAGAUGAAAUCAUGCUAAAAGACCUAUUUUUUGCUAUGAUGCUGCCGUCAGGGAAUGAUGCUGCCGUCAGGGAAUGAUGCUGCCGUCAGGGAAUGACGCUGCUGUUGCAUUAG